AUAGGCUUCUGAAACUCGCAGAGAAAAAGAUUUGGAUGGCAAGUGUAUCAUACACAUGGACGGAAACAAAACAACGAUCACAAACUUAAAGAUCCCAGAAGGAGGUUCAGGAGAUUCUGGACGAGAACGGCUAAAAACAUUUACCUAUGACUAUUCUUACUGUUCUGCUGAUUGCAGGAGUCCCAAAUUUGUGUCCCAGGAAAGGGUUUUCGAGGAUCUUGGUACUGAUGUUCUUAAAGCUGCCUUUGAAGGCUACAAUGCAUGCAUAUUUGCUUAUGGGCAGACUGGAUCUGGCAAAUCGUAUACAAUGAUGGGAAACCCGGAUGAUGCAGGCCUGAUACCUCGAAUUUGUCAAGGAUUGUACGACAGAAUUGCAGGGAAGUCUAGGUGGGACGAAGCUUCAUUUCGCACAGAAGUAAGCUACCUGGAAAUUUAUAAUGAGCGAGUAAGGGAUCUGCUCAGGCGGAAGUCUACCAAAACGUACAAUUUAAGAGUGAGGGAACAUCCAAAGGAAGGUCCAUAUGUAGAGGAUUUAUCAAAGCACUUGGCGCAGAAUUACAGCGAUGUGGAAGAACUCAUGGAAGCUGGAAACAUCAAUCGAACAACUGCUGCCACAGGAAUGAAUGAUGUCAGCAGUCGUUCCCAUGCCAUUUUCACUAUCAACUUCACUCAAGCCAAAUUUGAUGCUGAAAUGCCUUGUGAAACUAUUAGCAAGAUCCACUUGGUCGAUCUUGCAGGAAGUGAAAGAGCAGAUGCUACAGGUGCCACUGGUGUAAGAUUGAAAGAAGGAGGAAAUAUUAAUAAAUCUUUAGUCACAUUGGGAAAUGUUAUUUCUGCUUUGGCUGAUUUGUCUCAGGAUAGGACAAAUUCUCAAGCAAAGAAGAAACAAGUGUUUGUGCCUUACAGAGACUCAGUUUUGACUUGGUUAUUGAAAGACAGCCUUGGUGGAAACUCAAAAACCAUUAUGAUUGCCACCAUUUCACCUGCGGAUGUCAAUUAUGGAGAAACAUUGAGUACGCUUCGCUAUGCAAACAGAGCCAAAAACAUCAUUAACAAACCUACCAUUAAUGAAGAUUCUAAUGUCAAACUUAUUCGUGAGCUACGUGCUGAAAUAGCACGACUGAAGGCUUUACUUGCUCAGGGGAAUCAGAUUGCAUUGUUGGAUUCUCCAACAGCUUUAAGCAUGGAGGAGAAGCUUCAACAAAAUGAAGCUAGAGUGGAGGAACUAACCAAAGAGUGGACAAAUAAAUGGAAUGAAACACAAAAUAUCCUUAAGGAAGAAACCUUAGCCCUCCGAAAAGAAGGAAUUGGUGUGGUUUUGGAUUCAGAGUUACCUCAUUUGAUUGGUAUUGACGAUGACUUGCUUAGUACUGGAAUUAUUUUGUACCAUCUUAAGGAGGGCAAGACCUAUGUUGGACGAGAGGAUGCCACUACAGAGCAAGACAUUGUUCUCCAUGGUCUUGAUCUAGAAAGUGAACACUGUAUCUUCGAAAACCUCAAUAACAAAGUAACUGUAAUACCACUGAAUGGUGCACAGUGCUCAGUCAAUGGAAAUCAUAUUGAAGAAGCUACUCAACUAAACCAAGGAGCUGUCAUACUCCUGGGAAGAACCAACAUGUUCAGGUUUAAUCAUCCUAAGGAAGCUGCUAAACUCAGGGAAAAAAGGAAGAGUGGACUGCUGUCUACCUUCAGUUUGUCUAUGACGGACCUUUCUAAAUCCUGUGAAAAUCUUUCAGCCGUCAUGCUUUACAAUCCAGGGCUAGAAUUUGAGAGACAACAGAGAGAAGAGCUGGAAAAGCUAGAAAACAAGAGGAGACUGAUAGAAGAAAUGGAAGAGAAACAACAAUCAGAAAAGUCAGAACUAGAGAGGUUGCAGCAGGAAGUGGAGACACAACGCAAAGAGACUGAAAUUGUCAAACUUCGCAUCCGGAAACAAGAAGAAAAUCUGAAACGUCGAAACCUGGAUAUUGAAAGCAGACUUAAAGACUUAAAGGCUGAGAAGGAGAAAUUUGAGGAAGAGCGGCAAAGAGAACAAGAAGAAAUUGAGCUGCAAAAGAAAAAGCAGGAAGAAGAAAUUUACCUAAGAGUUCAAAAAGAAUUACAGAUAUUGCAGGAACUUCACGAGCAGGAGAAUGCAGGUAAACUGGAAAUUCUCAGAGAACUAGAGAAGCUCAAAAGAGAAAAGGAUGAGCAUAGCCAGAAGCUAGAAUUAGAGAAGAGAAGACUUGAAGAAGAAUCAAAGCAUCAGCUGAUUCUUGUCACUCGUCUCGGAGAGCAGGUCAGAGAGAAACAGGAAACUGUCCAAAUGCUCAAACGAGGUGAUGUGCAGAGCAUGGAUGAAGAAAAGAAUAUCCUCGAGGAAAUUAGGGAAGUUCUCCUCAAAGCCAAAGAAGCUAGACCUGCUGGAGGUGACGAACCUAGAUCUGCUGUUGAAGAUGAUGCUAGACCUGAUGAAAGUGAGGAAUCUGAAGAUGUCCAGAGAGCAAAGGAAAGAUACAUGGAUCUGAAAAAAAUACAAUUGGAAAAGUUCACAGCUUUGGAACACAGUGUCUCCUAUCAAAAAAGCCUUCUGGAAAAGGAAAUCACUCUUGACCGUGAAGCUGUUGAGCAGUUAAAGCGUGCACAUCAGAAACCCGUAAAUGGCAGUCUGGACAGUGGUGGAAGUCAUGCUUUAGUUUCAAUUGAGUUGCUCGAAGCAGCGGAGAAACAGAAAGAGGUUGAACAACGAAUGGUGAAUAAAGCACGGCAGCUAGAUUAUUUGAUGGAAAACCAUUUGCCUGCACUGUUGGAGGAAAAGCAGAGAGCUGUGGAAAUUCUCGACCGAGGUAUGCCUAGUUUGGAUGUUGUACUUUAUGAGACAGAGAAAGAAAUUGAAGAAAAAAAGGAGCAGCUAGCACAGUACAGAGCCAGCACUGAUCAACUUCAGCAGCUCCAACAAACGUACGAAUUUACUGCUAAUAUAGCUCGACAAGAGGAAAAGGUUCGUAUGAUUGAGAAAGAGAUUAUUGAAUCAAGAGAAAAGCAACAGAGAGAAGCAUUGGAGCAAGCUGUAGCUAAAAUAGAGAAGAGACACUCUGCUCUUCAGCGUCAUUCUGCCAUUGACUUGGAGAUUGAGGAACAGAGACAAAAACUAGCAACGCUAAAUGACUAUGAAGAAGCAGAUCUUCGAGACAGUCUGGAGGCAGAACAUAAAGCCCUGGAACAAGACCGAGAAAGGCUAGAACAAGAAAUUCAGCAACUCAAGCGAAAAAUUUGUGAAAAUGAUGUGGCCCUAAGGUUCUGUGGAGCUGGUGAAGAGAAAUCAUCCUACACCAGUUGCCCUGCUAGUCCUCAAAGAUCUCCAGCAACAAUGUCUCCAAUUGCUGAUGAGAGGAUAAAUGCAUAUAUUGAAGAAGAGGUUCAACGACGACUAGCAGAAAAAGUAAAAUUACAAAAUGAGCAUGAAAUAAACAAUAUGGUUGACCCCUCUCUUUCCACAGAACAGGAAAAUGAAAAUCUCCGAAAUAAUGUGAACCAACGCAAAUUGAAGUACAAGCACUUGUUUUCUAGAAUGCAGGAGGCUGAUCCAGAGAGUCUAAAGGAUCCUAUUAAAAUUAGUAUUCCCCGUUAUGUCUUGCGUGGACAAGGAAAAGAUGAACACUAUGAGUACGAAGUGAAGGUAACCAUCCUGGAGGACACUUGGACAGUGUUUCGACGAUACAGCCGUUUCAGAGAACUGCACAAAACAAUGAAGUCAAAAUACCCAGAGAUUGGCGGUCUAGAAUUCCCUCCCAAAAAGCUGUUUGGUAACCGGGAUGAAAGAGUGAUUGCUGAGAGACGAUCCCACUUGGAGAGAUAUCUCAGGAACUUCCUCACAUUGAUGCUAAAGUCUCCAACUUCACCAAUAAACUCACACAGCAAGGACUUUACACUGUCAAAGCACAGUCUGUGUGAGUUUACACCCUUCUUCAAAAAAGGGGUUUUUGACUUCAGCAGUCAUGGUACUGGGUAGUUGUGUAAGAUAAAUGAAAGAUUUUACCCCUUUUUAAAAAUAUCAGGACCAAAAGCUGUGCCUUCUCAACACCGGACUAGAUUUUAUAAGCAAAGAAGCAAAUCAUCUACUGUCCAGCAGUUUCCUUAUGAAAGGUAUCUUGUGUUUACAUUGUAAAGCACCAUCAUUUGCUGUAUAAAAAUUAUUUAAGUACAGUGAAUAAGCUCUUUUUAGCAUUUAAAAAUAAUUUUCUUUUAUAGUCCAUUGAAUAAAAUUCUCCAAUUAGAAGUAAAAGCUUACAUUUCACUAAGCCAGUAGGAAACGACUGAUAAUUGCAGUGCUGCUUGGUGCAAGCCAAGUUGUUUAUCUGGAUUAGUAGCAAUAGUUAAAAUGGCUGUGGCAGAGAACAGAUGGUAUUGAAUUGGCUGCCUCUUAUACUCAGCACCUGAUCAACUGAAGACAAUGAAGCAGGAUCUCAAACGUGAUCUGCAUCACCUCCACCCCUCCCCGGCUUUUCUAAUUUUGCAGACUAAUAAACAAAAGUAGAACUUUUUUAAAAAAACCCAGUUCAUAUCACUGAUACACAAAGUGGCAUUGUUUUAACAAAAGAUCCAUCCCUAUUGAUUACGUGUCCUUUUCCAUAGAUAUCACCAAAGCUAUUCCAACAUGAACCAUUAACCAAAUACUCUCUCUGGUCAUCAUCAGCUCACUUUGAGUACUCUUACAAAAAAUGGUCAGUGUUGACCUUUACAUUUUUAAAAUUUAUUUUGAACAUGGAGGUGCUGUUGAAAUAUUUUAACAGAUUAUAGGCCUAUUGGAGAAUUGCCCUAUUGAUGUAGUGGAAGUGUUUAAUAAGCACAGUAAUGCUGCACAUGUACAGUACAACCACUCUACAGUAGCCCUGACUACUUAUAGAGCCUGAUAGUAUAUAAUUAUUUAACCUAGUCUGGAUAUCACAAUGCUGCUUACACUGGCCAAUACUCACUAAAAACUAUAAAGUUUAAGUUGAACAAAGGUAGCAAUUCUCAUCAAUUUGAAGCUGUCUAUGUGGACCGCAAUGGUCAUCUAAUAGGCGAAGAAGUCGGCUCUCUGUAUACAGAAGUUAUAGCUACGACAGAUCACUGCUAGAAAUGUAUCCAAUGUUUUGGGAAAUCCUAUGGGAAUAUUUUGAGUCAAUGCCACACAUAAUGUUUUUUAUUCACCUGUAAAUAAACAUCUGAGGGUUUCCGACAUAUUUUAAUUGAUGCUCAUUUAAAGAUAAUUGUUGCACUUCCAUAAGGAUGUCUUCCUUAAAAUCACUUGGUCUUCUGAAAUUUACAAUGAAAUUUGGAGCUGACAAUGGGCAACAUAAAAAGUGGAGUGUUGGAACUUUGUCCUGGACUGUGGCAGAGAAUAGAUGGAAUUGAAUAGGCUGCCCGUUAUACUCCAUACCUUAUACCUGUUCCACUGUAGAGAAUGAGGUGGAGGUGACGGACUGGGGGGACAGAGUCAGAAGUCAGACGACACCAGGUUAUAGCCCAACAGCGUUAUUUGAAAUUACAAGCUUUUGGAGCACCGCUCCUUCGUCAGAUGACAAAGGAGCAGUGCUUUGAAAGCUUGUGAUUUCAGAUAAACCUGUUGCAUUAUAACCUGGUGUCCUGUGACUUCUGACUGUAGAAAAUGAAAGAAGAUCUUGGCAGUGUCCCUACCUCUGAGCCUGGAGGCCCAGGUUUAAGUCCCACCUCCUCCAGAGGUGUGUCAUAACAUCUCUGAAACAGGAUCUCAGACAUUGCAUAUAACAGGCGGUCUGAUACAGCACCUCAUUCUGCAUCACCGCCUGAUGCAAAUUUCUACUCUUUUUUUUAAAUUUUGCAGACUAGUAAACAAAAUGUAAAAGUUGCUGUGCAUUUCAGCUAUACACAAAGUGGUAUUAUUUUAACAAAAAAUAUACCCCUACUGAUUUAAUAGCUAGCUUAGCAAUGGGAUAGUCAUUCAUUGUAAAAGCUAGGUCUUCAACUAAAAACUUUGUAGGUACAAAUGCACACAUUUCAUGUCCUUGCCAAAUUUUAUUGUACUUUUGCUUAUGAAAAGGCUUGAAUUUUGCAAAACUCGAGGAGAGCUCUGUAAUUCAUGCAGAAAUUAAGUAGAGUUGUAUCAGCAGCACAGCAGAAUGAUUGACUUGUAAUCUGUUUCCAAGUCAUGAGAAAGCAAAAUUGGACAGCACAUCAGGGAGCAAGAGGUCAGAAUUUUUGGCUUGUUUCUACUUCCAGUAUUUAAAUUACUUACUGCAGUCAAGAAUUUGCAUUAAUGUUGUGCCUCCAGUGUGAAAUGUUGCAAGAUGCUUUUUGCUCAACCUUUGACACGUGCUGAGAAUGCUGACCUUUAUAGUGAUGUAACACUCCACUCACCCUUCAGGAUGAGCUGUGACUUGAUGUUAGCAUGAGAGGUCGUAAAAAAUCUGAACUGACUCCAAUAUGCAAAAUGAGCAAAAAUGAGCUAAGACCAGAGAUAGAGGUUUACGUUACACCAUUUUUUUAUAACAGAUUGUCAUCUUAUACAUUUACGUUUCGUAUAACUAUGCAACAUUAGGAAUUGGCGUCAAAUCACCCAUUCAUUGUAGAAUGAAGUUCUGUUGAGCACAUGUAUUGUUAUUACAACCAUCCUCAUACUUGCUUUGUAUCUUUGUUCAAUUAACAUUGUCAUGUAUUUGGUGAGGUAGCCAUUGGCUAAAUGAAGCAGUGAUUGUCAAAGUCUCCAGUUAAAUGAUUAUUCAUAGAUGUUACUGAAUUUCCAAAAAUAAUAACUUGGAAAUAGUUUUUAGUUUUUCAUACCACUUCUAAAUUCUGAAACGAUGCUGGUGACGCUUAUGUAGCAAAAGCACUACCGCAAAUGAUACUUUCCUAAUGUAGACACAUUGGAGGCAGGAUACCAAAGUUUUACAUCAUUCAGUUACACUUUCAUUUCUGUAGCCUAUAAUAUACAAAAAAAAAGUUGCUACAUGUAAUCUUUCUCUUCAGUGUGCCAUUCAGAUUUUUAUUUUCACUGCUCAAAGCUGAAUAGGUGUGUAUAUUAACUUUUCAGUUUUUUAUUUGUUUCAAAAAUAAUUGCUUCCCAUUAUGAGCUUUAAUUAAUCAAAGAUUUACAGGUCGUCAUCUCAAUUCAUUAAAAUUUCCACACAUGAAUUAUUCUGUGGAAUAUCACUCAUAGCUGCUUGGUAAGGAGCAUGGGAGACAGCCGAAGUUCUACAUGGUGACUGGACAGUUAGAAAGACACAAUGUAAUUACUCAACACGUUACCAUCUACCAAAGCACAAUUUCACCUUACUUCCUGCUUGGAAAUGCAGCUCCUUUUGUGUGGGGAACACAAGAUGGAAUUUUUUAAAACGUUGAAAUUUGAUCUGUGUAAUGUGCAAUAAAAGUAAAUCCUAGCCGCACCAAAGGCUUUUUACACUAUUUUGUCCCAUGAACAUCUGUUAAAUAGGAAAAAAGUCAUCUUCUUCCUUCAUUUUUCAGGUAACCUGAUUGUUUCUACCAGCUCUCUGCAAUCUAGAAUUGUUAUAGUACGCCUUUUCACCACAUUAUGGAUGCAAAAUGUUUACUGUAAUGGGAUUUGUGAUUUCCGUUGUAUAGAUUACUUAGUUUGUGUAAACCUGGAUUAAUGAAUAAUGGUCACUACUACUUCUCAGUAACUUUCAUGUGAAGAGAGCUACACUAAACAGCUUCUGGUUUACAAGUUUUACAUUUAUAGUAUAGUUGGUGACAAUCAUAAAGUUUAUUAAACCAGUUAUGUUCCUGACAGUAGGCUGGUUCUAAUAUUUGUACUUGGCUACCGGGUAGACUGAAAAGAAACAAGAAAAUGAUAUAAAUAUUGUACAUGGAAAUAUGAGUAAAGUUUUUAAAGGUAUUUUUUUAAUGACUGUGGGAAUUUGAGGGUCCUAUAUUAUCGAGAUGAUCUAUUUGUAAACUGUGUAUAUAAGCAUAAAUAAUGCAAAUCUCAGCCUGAUUCUGCACCUAAUUGUAUAAUCAUUUAUAAUUUAUAACUGCGGUGAAAGCACUUGCCGUGUGUGUUUUUUUAGUGUUUAAAACUGCUUUUUGUAAACUCACUGACCUCAAAUAAAAAGUUAAGCUGAA